AAACAAAAAGAAAAUAUGAAAGUAAAAUAAAUAUUUAGUCCAAUUAUUCACCGAUUGCGCGUAUGGAGAUAAUGAUGUUGAUAUUUGAGAUCUAUUGUAUUCACAUUUCUCUUUACAAACUUUUUUUUAAUCAAAUCAGAAUAACUAAAAGAAAAAUGGAAACAUGGAGGAGUACAAUAGUGGGAAUAGCAGUAGCUUUAAUGGUGGUGGUGACUUCUGGAGAAGAAAAAGCGAUAGACAAGGAAGCUUGUAGGGAACAACGCCUUGGAAUGGCCACGUGUCUUCCUUACAUGAAAGGACAAUCAAGAUCUCCGACGCCGGACUGUUGCUCCGGCCUCAGAGAGAUUCUAAAUUCCGACAAGAAUUGUAUUUGUGUGAUCAUUCAAGACAGGAAUGAUCCUCAACUGGGUCUCCAGAACCAGAUCAAUGCCUCUCUCGCUUUCACUCUUCCUUCCCUUUGCCAUGCCACUGCUAACGUCUCCAAGUGCCCUGCUUUACUUCACUUGGACCCAAAUUCUCCAGAAGCCCAAGUGUUCUAUUAUAUAGAUGCAGCAAUUAACAAAAUCAGCCCAGCCUCUGCUCCCACUGGGUCGGAACCUGAGCCAAGCACUUCUCCGACCCCUGGAUCCGACGAUGCUAACAACAGUGGCAAGAGUUCGACCUCUUUGCUCAGGCUCCAAGUUGUUGCCCAUUUCUUCCUACUUUUGUGUAUUUAGAUGCUGCAAUUGUCAUGCUCUCUGGUCAAGUUGCUGACGGUUUUGCUACAGUCUUCGUUGGUGAAUUGUCUCAUGUCAUUUAAGGGUAAUCAAAAUUUGAGUCAAAAGCGAUAUUGUUCUAUGAUUGAUAGAUUUGGGCAUUUCAAAAUCUGGCACGCAGGAGGAUCCUUACUAGUGGCUAUCUCGUUUUCCUCGGUCUUUGGCGGUUGCUUGCCUUGUUCACUCCUCCAUAGUAACUCUUUAACCGUCGAAACAUUCUCGUACAGUAUGUUUGCAGCUAUCUUCAAUAUAGGAUGGGCCGCUACUCAGGUUUCCCACAUGGCUAUGGUCAAUUGCAUUACAUUGAACUCAACAAGCAGAGUAGCACUAACAAGCUCCCGUAACGCGUUUAGUAUGGUUGCUAAUUUAGGCUUAUACGCGAUUGCUUUAGUUGUAUUUGGUGUUAGCAAGGCUGACACAAAAGAAAAUACUGAAAUACAGUAUCGCUGGAUUGCUUAUUCAUCCAUUACCGUAGGAUGCUGCUUUGUGGUCAUAUUUCUUAUGGGAACAAAGGAACCACGUCUGCGGAUAAAUCUAAGAGAAACCAGCCGAAGAAGAAUACCAUGGGCCUAUUGGUUCCGUAAGAUUCUGUAUUACCAAGUCGCAAUGGUUUAUCUAUUAACUCGACUAGUAUUGAAUGUUUCACAGGCAUAUCUUGCAUUCUUUGUUAUUGAUGAUCUCCAAAUGGCUCAAUCCGCUAAAGCUCUGGUUCCUGCAAUAAUCUACAUCUGCAGCUUCGUUGUAUCCGUUAUGCUUCAGGAGAUUCCAUGGAACGGAAAACGCCUCAAGGCAUAUUAUUGUGCUGGUGGUAUUAUUUGGAUAUUCUGUGGUGUGUCGAUCCUCUUAUUGCCCAGAGGCAUUAGCUCUUUCAUGUACGCGAUCUCUGUCUUCAUCGGCAUUGCAAAUGCAUUGAUUCUGGUGACAGCAAUAAGUAUGCAGAGUGUGUUAGUUGGUUCAGAACUUGGUGGAUGUGCUUUCGUUUGUGGGUCUUUAAGCUUCUUAGACAAGAUGUCAUGUGGGAUUGCUUUAUAUAUUCUUCAGUCACACCAAAGCAACAGCACUUCACCACAAGUGGAUGUAAACAUCAAACAAAGUUUUUACUUUUCGGUGACGAGAUAUGGUUUAGGGCUUGUACCAGCUGUAUGCUCUUUUAUAGGAGUCGUUGUCACGUAUUUUAUGGAACUCGAUAGCACAAUUCUAAAGCCUCUGUGUCAACCAUUGCUAUUAGAAUGAAUCAGAAAGUAAGACCGGCGAAAACAUUUCUGGUCUGGUUGACACAUGACACAAACUGGUUUAUUAGUUGAUAUGUUUCAGUUCCUUGAUAUUUUUUUUUGUUCAUAGGUAAUAGAUCACACAGAGAAAGCAUUUGUACCAGAACUACUUAAAGUUUGAAAAAAUUAAUGAAAGUUGAUUUUUUUUUUUUUCUUCAAAUUGUCUAUACCCAUGUUUGCUGUUUUUUAACUGACUCUUCCUUGUAUGAUGGAUGUAUUUAAUCAGAAUCUUCAUCCUUGCAAAGAAAACAGAUCUCAAAUCCAAAUAUUUUAUUCG